AUGAGCGCAACAUGGGCAUCUUCUGCGUACUCUGCUGGCACGCGACAAAUAGCAGCCGAAUUCAAUGUUGGAAACCAAGUCGCUGUGUUGGGUACUACCCUCUUCCUCUUUGGCUUCGGUCUUGGCCCGCUUCUUUGGGCUCCACUAUCCGAGGUUUACGGGAGACGUUUGGCAGUCUUGACGCCCAUGUUCGUCGCGAUCUGCUUUAGCUUCGGUAGUGCCACAGCAAAGGACUUCCAGACACUGAUGAUUACACGGUUCUUUGGAGCCUUCUUUGCUAGCGCACCAGUUACAAAUACCGGUGGUGUCUUGGGAGACCUAUACAGUCCUGCAUGGAGAGCCCUAGCUAUGGCCGGUUACGCUAUGGCAGUCGUUGGAGGCCCGUGUCUAGGGCCUAUCGUUUCGGCAGCCUUCGUUGCCAAUCCCUCAUUAGGCUGGCGCUGGACCGAGUACUUCACUGGGAUACUUCAGGCAAUCACCCUCUUUAUUGACAUUGUCUUCAUCGACGAAUGCUAUCCACCGAAACUUCUCGUUUACAAAGCACGCCGCCUAAGGCACGACACAGGCAACUGGGCGCUCCAUACCAAAUUCGAGGAGUGGGAUGUUAGCAUCAAAGAGCUGUCUAAGAAGUUCCUCCUCCGACCAAUACAACUUCUGAUGACACCCAUUUGUUUUCUCAUCGCACUUUACGCCAGCUUCUGCUACGGUAUCCUUUAUAUGAUGCUGGGAGGCAUUCCGAUUAUCUUUGGAGAAAUGAGGGGAUGGCCAGCUGUAAGCGCAACGCUGCCUUUUUUGGGUAUCCUGGUCGGCGCUAUCAUCGGCUGCAGCAUCAACGCCUACAAUCAGCUCCUCUACAACAAAGUCUACCAUGCAGCUGGGAAUCGCGCCGUGCCUGAAGCACGUUUGCCGCCGAUGAUGCUCGGUUCAGUACUCUUCUCUGCUGGUCAAUUCAUCAUGGGAUGGACUGCCGACCCACAAUACCCCUGGAUUGCUCCCGUUAUUGGGUUGGUGUUACUGGGUACUGGUUUCUUCACCAUCUUCCAAGCUGCUCUAAACUACUUGGUCGACACCUUCACGUUGUAUGCCGCUAGUGCAGUAGCAGCAAAUACCUUCCUCCGAAGCGCUUUUGCGGGUGCUUUUCCGCUGGUGGUCACGCCGUUGUAUCAUAAUAUUGGAGUUGGUCCUGCGAGUAGCAUCACAGGUGGAUUUGCGGCACUGCUUAUACCAGUGCCCUUUGUGUUCUAUAUAUAUGGCAAGAGGAUCAGGAGGGCAAGCAAGUGGAGUCGUGCGAGUGUAUUCGAUUGA